GUGCGAAGAAGUCAAUCAGUUUAUACCAGCUUGUGAAAAUGAUAUUGGAUAUUGGAUUAUUUAUUGAAAAGCGGCCAGCUUGAUUUUAAUCGAGUCUCGUACAGAAUGGAUUCCGGCAUAAAGUGUCAUGCAUCUUGUGUUCUCGCUUACAAUGAUUUAAAAAUGAACAAAAAAUGCCGUUACCUCUUGUUUCAUAUUGAUAAAAUGCAAGAAAUCCGUCUAAUGAAAUCAGCUGAAAGAGAUGCAACGCUUGAAGAUCUUACUAAUGACUUCAAGGAAGCAAUGAAUAAAAAUGAGGGUCGGUACGCGGUAUAUGACUAUGAAUACCCCAAUAAGGGUUCAGCUUUAGUUUUUGUUAUCUGGACCCCAACAACUUUGAGCCCUAAAACAAAUAUGUUAUAUGCAGCCUCAAUGGAUGCCAUAAAAUCGCAGUUCCAAGGAAUCAAACAUACCUUGCAAGCACAUGACCUGUGUGAUAUUAGUGAGGAGAGUUUCAGAGAGAAGGGUCAAUUGAAAUGAACAUGCUAUGUUAAUGGAACUUGGAUUUGGAUAGUUUUGUAAGCAUCACAUUCCCUAACUGGAUUUUGUUUUUUUUUUCUAAUUGAUUCUACUUAUUUCUUGUAUUUGAUUCCCAACUACGGUUUAUACUUUGUAUUUAUAUGGGGCCUGAAACCAGAGUGUUACUUUUACGGUCUAGAUGUUUUUGUCUCCAGUCACUUGUUGUCAAUAAAAUUUUUGGAAGUGUGUUAAUUUUACUGACUCAACCAAUUCUUUGUUAUCAUUUACAAAAUACUUUUAGACAUUUAGUUGAGUUCUUUCCUACAUGUGGUAUCUAUCUAUUUAGUCCUGACUGUUAUGCCUUAAUGUUUAAAUGCAG